ACAUAGCAACUGAGGAGGAGGAAGAAGAAGAACUACAAGAGGAGGAGGAAGAGGACGAGGAGGAGGAAGGAUGACGAGGAGGAGGAGGAAGAGGACGAGGAGGAAGGAUGACGAGGAGGAGGAGGAGGAGGAAGAGGAGGAGGAGGAUGAGGAGGAGGGAGAGGGAGAGGAGGAAGAGGACGAGGAGGAAGAGGACGAGGAGGAAGAGGAAGAAGAAGUAGAAAACGAGGAGGAAAAGAAAGAGGAGGGCGAGGAGGAUGGAGAAGAAGAUGAGGAGGAAGAGGAGGAGGAGGACGAGGGAGAGGAGGAGGAGGAAGAGGACAAGGAGGAAGAGGACAAGGAGGAAGAGGACAAGGAGGAAGAGGACGAGGAGGAAGAGGAAGAAAAAGAAGCAAAAGACGAGGAUGAGGAGGAAGAGGAAGGCGAGAAGGAUGAAGAAGACGGAGGAGGAAGGAUGACGACGAUGAGGAGGAGGGGGAGGAAGGAUGACGAUGAGGAGGAGGGGGAGGAGGCGGAGGAGGAAGAGGAGGAUGAGGGGGAGGAGGCGGAGGCGGAGGAGGAGGAGGAGGAGGAGGAGGAGGAGGUCCGAGGAAGAGGAGGAGGAGGAGGAGGAGCAAGAAUACGAAGUAGAAGACGAGAAGGAGAAAGAGAAGGAGGAGGAGGAGGACCAAGACGAGGAGGACGAGAGAGAGAAGGACGACUCAUAAUAGGCGGAGGACGAGGAGAGGAGGAGGGAGGAGGCGAGCAGGGAGGAGCAAAAAUGAGGGGGAAGGGGGGGAGGGCAAGAGGAGGAGGAGGUGAAGAAGUGGGUGAAGGAGGUGGAGGGGGUGAAAGUCGAGGAGGAGGAGGAGGGAGAGGAGGAAGAGGAGGAGGAGGAGGAGGUGGAGGCUCACCUUCAGCGACGGGUAGAGGAGGAGCAGUUCCCGACGAUGGCUCUAGUGGCGACGGCUACCCCUGCAGCAACGGAACAGCGGGAGGAAGAGGACGAGGAACAAAGGGACGAGGAGGAGGAGGAGGCGGAGGUGGAAGACAAGGAGGAGGAGGAGGUGGAAUACGAGUAGGAAGAGGAGGAGGUGGAAGACGAGUAGGGAGAGGAGGACGAGGAGGAAGAGGAAGGGGUGGAGGAGGUGAAGGAGGAGGUGGAGGAGGAGGUGGAGGAGCAGCGGAACAGCGGGAGGAAAAGGUGCAAAGGGAGGAGGAUGAGGAGGAUGAGGAGGAGGUGGAAGACGGGGAGGAGGAGGAGGAGGAGGAGGUGGAGGAGGUGGAGGAGGUGGAGGAGGUGGAGGACGUGGAGGAGGUGAAAGUCGAGGAGGAGGAAGAGGAGCAGCACCCGGCGAUGGCUCAUCUUAAGCGACGAGGAGAGGAGGAGCAGCACCCGGCGAGUAGAGGAGGAGGAGGAGCACCCAACGAUGGCUCACCUUCAACGACGAGUAGAGGAGGAGCAGCACCUGGCGAUGGCUCCAGCGGCGGUGGCUAUGCCUGCAGCAACGGAACAGUGGGAGGAAGAGGAGGAGAAGGUGAGGAGGAGGAGGAGGAGGUGGAAGACGAGGAGGAGGAGGAGGAGGAGGAGGAGGUGGAAGAUGAGUAGGAAGGGGAGGAGGAGGAGGUGGAGGAGGUGGAGGAGGUGAAAGCCGAGGAGGACGAGGAGGAGAGGGAGGUGGAUGCUCACCUUCCGC